AAUGGAAGAAGAGAACGAACAACUAGAUUAUGAUGAAUUGGAUGAUUUGGAGAUUGCAAGAAAGAAAUGUAAAGAGCUUCAAAAAGCAAUUGUAGUUGACGCUUUACAAGCGGAAGAAGCUUCUAGUACUUCAAAAAAUGAUGAUAAUCAAGAGGUGUUGGGGCCAGGAACGAAGACUAUUCAACAACAGAAAGAGUCUUUGGCUGUGACUUCUCAAAAUCAUCAAUCUUCUUCUACCUUCCCUCCAGGGACAGAACCUUUUAGCAUUUCAACGUCUUCAUUUUCUUACUCUCUUGAUAACCCACCGCCUCCAGGCGUUUCUUCAGUUCCAAUAAUUUUAUCCUCAAUUCCACCACCAAUAACUUCAAAUAUUCCACGUCCAUCUCUCCAACAACAACAAAAUUUUGUGGGCAAAUAUUAUGUAAAUCCAAAAUUUAACAACCACAAAAAUUUUUAUAAGAGAAGCAAAACUUUCUAUAAAAAAUUUGCUCCGCCAACAAUUGUUAAUAGCAAUGCGUUUCCUUCGCUGCCGUGGAAUAAAGCCAAUAAUUUGACAUCUCGAAUUGGAGGAAGUACAGUUCAAUUGAGUGGAGGAACUGUGCCGAUAAACAACCAAAAUUUGCAUGUUCCUCAUAUACAAGGUCCACAAACCCUUGCUCUACCUACUUUUUUGCCUACAAAUCCUCAUUUGACAGCAGUUUCGACUUCUUCAACAACUUCAUUUCUACCACCUACAACUGGAAAUAAUAUUUACAUAAAUCGUUCAGUUUUGCAAACAACAAAUAGUUGGAAUGCUAUGGUUGAUGAAUUUGUUAGGAAAAAUGUGACUUCAGACAUUCGCCCUCGUCAUUAUAUUUCUUAUUUAAAACAAAGUCGAAGUCGUUCAAGCAGCAGCAACACAAGUAGACGAAGUAAUAGUUGCAGCAGUGCAUCUUCUGUAAUUUCGAGGAAUAGAAGCUGUUCUGUUACUGACGAUAGUGCAAAUAAUGAUUAUUCAAAACGUCGACGUUUAGAACCAGCUGAAGGGGAAGUUUAUCAUUCUCGUAGACGUAAAAGUAUUGAUAAUGGACAGAGGAGAAGUAGACGAUAUUAUAAGGAUGCUCGAGAAGAUGAUGAGGAAAUAGCACAUAACCAAGCAAUUGAAUGUGCUCGUGCUAUUGGUUUGGAUGAAGAUUAUUUGAAAAAAGUUGAAGAACAGCAACGCUUGAGGGAUGAAAUAUUGCGAAAAAAGACACAAAAACGUAAAGAAAAGGAAGCUGCAAUUAAAGGAAUGGAAAUUUUGAAUAAAAAAAAUUCAAAAAUGGAAGGUGCCAAUGAAUCUGACUUAAAACAACAACAAGAAGAAUCUAGACAACAACAACAAAAAAGGCAUUUAACAAGUAAUUCGACAAGAAAAUCAACAACUAAUAAAACUAGUAAAACAAGUGAACAAAUAAAAGAAAAGGAAGAAAUAAAUAAAUUGAGACCUUAUUUGGCUGUUGUUUGUACAAAUUUGCGAGGAAUUACAAGUGUGGAAAAGAAAAUUGGGGCAUUGGCGGCGACUAUUGGAAAGACUAAGAAAAUUUGGCGAGUUGGUGGAGAUGAUUGUCACAUAAUUUUUGAGAAGCACGAACAUGCAAAACAAUUUAUGUUACAGUAUUAUGGAAAGAGGCUAGGAAAUGCUCCUUCGACUCGUAUAGAUGUUGUCCUAAAGAAGGUAUUCCUAAAUAUAUCUUCGCAGCCAACAGACUAAUGACUGAGUUUUGAAGGUUUUAAUUUUUAAGCAGAGAAGUUUUUAUUUUAGUUGGAAAUGUUUUUUAAAUAAAAUUCAUAUAGUUUGGUCUUUUUAAAAAUUCUGUCCCCCGAACGGGUUCGAACCCACGACCCCUAAAUUUCAGAUUUUUCAAUUUCUUGACCCUAAAAUGUAAAUAUAAAUUUUCCUGGUGUCUAAAAUAAAAUACAAGCCCACUAAAAUUCUUUUCGAUUAAGUUCGGACCUCUUAAAAAAUUCCGGCCCUCGAACGGGUUCGAACCCACAACCCCUAAUUUUACCUUUCUCUUUAUUU